AUGGAUGAUAGUCUAUGUGGAAAAUUUGUUCUUUUGAGGACGUAUUUACCCGAUGAAUUAAACAACAAUAUAACACUCGAAUUUCAUGAAAAUAGUCAUUUUAAGGAUUACUGCUAUAAUAAAGAUUCAGGAAAAAAUGAGUGCAUUACUGAUAUCGAUAAAAUUACGGUUGGAUUUUUAUGGUUACUUUCAGAAUAUUAUCUUAUGUCCCAAACUAAAAAUUAUAACGAAAACAUUGCUAAUCCAUUUUUUCUAUAUAUUAUUUCAUGGUUUAGUUACAAAUUAAAGAAAUACAAAGAGCAUAGUACCACCAAAAUAUACGAUUUUUAUAAUAAUAAUGUAAUAAAUAAUCAUAAAUAUAACAAAUUUGUAACUGAUGCCUAUAGAAUUACAAAUCUUAAAGAUAUCUUAAAUAAAAAAAAUGAAUUUUUGAAUAUUACUAUUGAAGAUAUGUCUAAUUAUUAUGAUGCAUUCAAAUUAUUAUGUAAUAUGCACGAUAAUGUUGCAAGUAAUGAAUAUGGCGAAACAUUUUUAAAUAAUGCUACUAAUUUUGUUAGCAAAUAUGCAAACCUCAAAUAUGGCUGUAAUAUUGAAAGUACUCUACAUAAUCAAAUAUUGUCUGCUAUAUCAACUGAUUAUAAUAAUUUAAAAAAUAAAUGUAAAAGUUGUACAUCCCUUCCAGAUAUAACAGACGUUUCUGUACUAGCAUCUGUAUAUACAUCAAGUUCGUCGAUAGGAAAUAAAUUAUUUACAGUUUUAUCGAUAUUUGGUGCAAUAGCAUUUUUUUUAGGAAUUUCUUAUAAGUAUUCGUUAUUUGGAUUUCGGAAACGAUUUCAAAAACAAAAAUUAAGAGAAAAAAUAAAAAAUAUAAAGAAGAAAAUGAAUCAUUAA